AUGGACAGUGGAAAUUGCUCAACAUUAAGUCAAUUUUUUCUCUUGGGAAUCACUGGUAAUCCUCAGAUGAAAGUGAUUCUAUUCCCUAUAUGUCUAGUUGUUUAUCUCAUCAUUCUCCUUGCAAAUCUUGGAAUGAUCUUCUUAAUCAGAGUGGAUCCCCGACUUCACACUCCAAUGUACUUUUUCCUCAGCCACCUCUCUUUCUGUGACCUCUGCUAUUCCACGGCAGUUGGACCCAAGAUGCUGGUCGACAUAUUUGCCAAGAACAAAUCAAUUUCUUUCCUGGGAUGUGUUGUGCAGUUCUUGACCUUCUGUAACUUUGCAGAUUCUGAGUGUGUGCUGCUGGCAGUGAUGGCCUUUGAUAGGUACAAGGCCAUCAGCAACCCCUUGCGCUAUGCAGUAGACAUGUCCACUAAGGUGUGUUCACUGCUCAUGGCUGGGGUUUACCUCAUAGGUCUGCUUGACGCUUUGAUACACACAACAUUAACAUUCCGCUUAUGUUUCUGUGGGUCUAAUGAGAUUAAUCAUUUCUUCUGUGACAUCCCUCCUCUCCUGUUACUUUCUUGCUCUGACACACAGGUCAAUGAGUUAGUGAUAUUCAUCUUUUCUGGUUUCAUUGAACUGAGUGCCAUUUGUGGAGUCCUUGUCUCUUAUGGCUACAUCAUCUCAUCUGUCUUAAAAAUCUGCUCUGCUGAGGGGAGGCUUAAGGCUUUCUCCACCUGUGCCUCCCACUUAAUUGUAGUUAUAAUUUUCCAGGGCACUAUACUCUUCAUGUAUUUCCGACCAAGUUCUGCCUACUCUCUGGAUCAAGAUAAAAUGAGUUCACUGUUCUACACCCUUGUGAUUCCCAUGUUGAAUCCUCUGAUUUAUAGCCUGCGGAACAAAGAUGUGAAAGUGAGCAUAAAAAAGCUGAAAAAUAAAACUUUAUUUUAA